AUGUGCGUCUCCUUUCUGAAGCGGAUCACUAUCCGCGUGAUCCUCCUCGCAGCUGCGGCAUGCGCCGUCUCGGUGAUUCACUUUGUUGUCAACCUGCUCCGGGGCAACUACGACAGUCCCGAGAAUGGGGAUGCCAAUGCGGGAAUCUGGUCGCAGCUGUCUGCGCUGCUGAUCGAGCUCAGCAUUCCUGUGUCCGGCCACUCCGACAGCAUGUUAUAG